AAUCGGAUUCGCACUGUCCACACUAGACAGUCCAAUGUUCAGACUCGAGACGAUAACCACAAAAUAAUACAGUUUAGCCACACAGAGAGAGAGCGAGAGAGAGAGAGAGACUUUACAAACAAUAGCAUCCCCUCUCGGUCAUUCUACGUCACGCUCUGUCUUUCUCUAACAUCUUCCCCAUGGCUUCCGAAACCACCGUUAUCGCAUGGGGUUCAGGAGAAGAUGGCCAGCUAGGAAUUGGAAACAACGAAGAGAAAGAAUGGGUUUGUGCUAUCAAAGCUCUCGAGUCCCAAAAGGUCUGCUCUGUAGUUGGGGGUAGUCGAAACUCUCUCGCCAUUUGCGAAGACGGCAAGUUGUUUACGUGGGGUUGGAAUCAAAGAGGAACUCUGGGUCAUCCAUCUGAGACCAAGACGGAGAACGUUCCUAGUCAAGUUAAAUCUCUUGCUAAUGUCAAAAUUGUUCAGGCUGCUAUUGGUGGGUGGCAUUGUUUGGCUGUCGAUGAUCAAGGCCGAGCUUAUGCUUGGGGUGGAAAUGAGUAUGGGCAGUGCAGUGAAGAGCCCGAGCGGAAAGAUGACACCAGUAGGCCUUUGAGGAGGGAUAUUGUGAUUCCGCAGCGAUGCACACCAAAGCUUUCUGUUCGCCAGGUAGCUGCUGGAGGUACACACUCGGUGGUGCUUACACAUGAAGGACAUGUGUGGACAUGGGGUCAACCAUGGCCUCCUGGAGACAUAAAGCAAAUUUCCACUCCUGUGCACGUACAAGGUCUUGAGAAAGUGAGGACAAUUGCAGUUGGAGCUUUUCAUAAUUUGGCUCUCCUAGAGGAUGGUAUUUUAAUGGCAUGGGGUAAUAAUGAAUAUGGACAACUUGGGACAGGUGAUACCCAGCCAAGAUCGCAACCUAUUCCUGUCCAAGGGCUGUCAGAUUGUACUUUGGUUGACAUUGCUGCUGGAGGUUGGCAUUCUACUGCAUUGACGGAUGAAGGAGAGGUAUAUGGUUGGGGUAGAGGGGAACAUGGGAGGCUUGGAUUUGGAGAUGACAAGAGCAGUAAAAUGUUGCCCCAGAGAGUUCAACUUUUAGUUGGGGAGGACAUUGUUCAGGUGUCAUGUGGGGGCACACACUCAGUUGCAUUAACACGGGAUGGUCGCAUGUUUUCUUUCGGGCGAGGUGACCAUGGCCGUCUAGGAUAUGGAAGAAAGGUGACAACUGGUCAUCCAUCAGAGGUGCCCAUAAACCUCCCCCCCAUUGGCGGUGAAGCUGAAGGACGCUGGUGUGCGAAACUUGUUGCCUGUGGUGGCCGACACACCCUUGCUAUAGUAGAAUGGAGUACUGGUGAAUCUGAGCCAUAGCCAUGAAGUGGCAGUUCCAAAACUUCUGGUUUGAUCUAGAGUUCUGUCUAGCUGGACCAUAUAAGAUUUACUCAUAAUGUAAAACGUUAAGCAAUAUCGGAUAUAUGAACACCUGUAUAGGAACUCGUUCAGAGUUGGCAUCAAACAUGGCACAGUCAAGAACCCCUCCAUAAUCUGAGGAUGGGGCGUACGAGAAAUAAUUUUUGUUAUGUUUCAUGUGUUCCAUAUUCCAGUAAGUUUGGACGACAUGAUCCUUAUUUUGUGAUGCAUUAUGCAGCUGUCGAUGAUUAUUGGGCUUCCUGCAUAGUGGGAUGGCAUAACUGUCUAUCAGAGUGGUACGUAUAAUACAUGUAAAGAACUUGAACCUUAUAACAUUAUGAAAGUAC